ACCGGCCCAGCGGGGGACCGGAGGCCGUGACAGUUGCUCCCAGAAAGCCACUAACAGGAUGACGCCUGCCUGCAGGGCCACGGGGUGAAGCAGGAUUACGUCUGAGCAGCAGAUAAACUGAUUAUUCCAGAACCACCGGCCACUCGUUUAACCUCAUCACUCCUGCCACACGUCCGGCUCUGAGAGCGGAACGCCGCUCUGCUCCUGGAUUCACCUGCUCGCUCUUCACCCGCGCUCCGACUGGUCUCCCUCCACGCCCGGCGAACGCCUCCCAUGAACUUCCUCUGAUCGAGAUCACCGCGUCGUUUCUGGUCACGUUUCAGAGACUCAUCGGCGCCACCAUGCUUCAGGCUGCUGGACUCCUGCUGCUGCUGGCCGUCAUGUCACCAGCAGCUGGAAUCAGAGGCGGCGGCGAGGCGGCACAUAGCGAGGAGUCUGGAGGAUCGCUGCGUCUGGCCGACCUGCUGAAAUCAUCCAGCAAACCUUCAGCCUGGGAGCCGAGCCGGCACCGAUCCCGGCGGUCGGUGUUUCUGCAGCCUGGAGUGAGAAUCUGCUCCCAGGAGAGCGUCGACGAAGUUCUGGCCAGCCACCAGGCCUACUACCAACUCAGAGUUUGUCAGGAGGCCGUGUGGGAAGCUUUCCGGAUCUUCCUGGACAGAAUUCCCGGGACGUGGGAAUACCAGGCGUGGGUCCGCAGCUGCCAGCAGGAGGCGCUCUGCAUCUCUGACAUCGCCAGGAACUUCAGCAGCUCCGAGGAGCACAUCAGCCUGAUCCACAGGAGGAUGAAGAACCGCAGAGAGAGACGACCAGAGACACGAGUGGUGACUCCGGCAGCAGAGCAGAAGAUCCCAGAACUCCCAGGUUCUGAAGCUCCGUCCAGCACAUCUUCAUCGCCUCCACCUGCCGUCAUCAUCAUCACCUCUGCUGCCCCGCCCACUCCGGCCACGGACCGCACCGGACUGGCUUUACUUGACCAAGAGGACCCGGAGCUGCCCAACCUGGUUCCCGAGGGCCCCGAGGUCCACCUGGUGCAGUUCAGCGUCAGCCUGCUGGACCCGGGCUACUGGCAGCUGCUGGGUGAGCCGGACUCACCGGAGUACCUGGACCUGGCCACGCACCUGCAGGACCAGAUGCGGCUCGUCUUCGACCGACUGCCGGGCUUCAAGGCCGUCAGCGUUCUGGGGAUCCGUGAGCUGCUGGAACCUGGCAGGGUUGAAGGAAUCUCGGUCCAUUACUCUGUGGUCUUUGAGAACAACAUCCAUCAUGCAACCUCAGAGACGACCAGAGAGCCAGAGGCCUCUGCUGACUCUGGACUCAAAGAUAUGUUGGUCAAGGCUUUACAGGAGAAAGCUUCUCUGCCAGUCGACCUGGACUCCCUGAACUUCCAACCAGAAGUGAUCACCCUGCCAACACCAACAUCAGCUGCAUCUGAAGAGAUGGAUGAGCCCAGUGAACCUGAUUCCCACAAUGAGUUUAAAGUCUUCACCCCUGAGCCAGAGGUGAAUAAACUUCUUCCUCCUCUCACCCCAAAGGAGAAGGAAAACGAUCUUGUGACCCUGCUGGACUCCACCGCUGUCUCACAUGGCGAGAUGAUCACGGUGACUGAUGGGAUGAUGCUGAUCAGUGAUGAUCCCCCGGCUCUAGAGGACAUUAUUGAUGAUUCAGAAGAAAUUUACAUGAUUGAACCUGAGCUGUUGAGCCAGGAACAACAGGAAAAGGAGUUGCUCAUCAUCACACAUGAGAUUGAAACCAUUAAUCAGGAUGAAACGGGGGAACUUGUGCGCAUCUAUAUCCCAACCCCGACGCUGCCUCUUCAGGGGGAGGCGGACGAUCCAUUUAUCACUUCGUCUCCUAACCUGAUAUCAGAGGAAGACCUCAGACCUGUUGAAAAGGAGGGAGAAAGUCCUGCGUUUAAACCAACAGCUCAGAUUUUAUUCACUGCAGCCGUUGGCAAUAAGGAGCUGUAUGAAAUCACAACUCCAAGUUUCAAACCUGCAGACCUCACAGACCAGCCACCCACAGAGCCAGCAUUGAUCCCUAAAGACGAAGAAGACAUCAACGCUCUUCCAGAUGAAGAAAAUGUAGAUUUAGGUUUUUCAAAACCUGAACCAAGUGACGUUCUGGACCAAGAAUCACAGGAUGUUAGAAGUUUGCAAACUGAAGCAGAACUGCUAGAGCCAGAGGAAGAUCCAGUCAUUCUGGAGGUUUUAAGGCCAAACCUUGAGAAAGUAGAAGCCUCAGAACCAGGUGAAGUUGGAGAUGAAAUGUCAGAGUCAGGUGAAGCAACAUUUGAAGUCUCAGUUCCAGAUAAAGAAGAAAAGCCAUCAGAGUCUAUCACGGAAGUAGUUGAAGUUUCAAAUCCGGACACUACAGAGACAGAAGCACCUAAAGUUUCAGAGCCACACCAAGAAGUUGAACAAGUUUUACCAAUGGACAAAGAAGUAGUGGAUGUUUCAAUGCAAGAAAAAGAUUCAACUAAAGCAUCGGAGACAAAGAAACAGUCGGUUGUCAAAAGUCAGGACGAAGUUACAGAGCCAGAGUCAGAAAUUGUGGUUCAUGUUACAGAGAAGGACCUUGAAACAUUUAAAUCAGUUGAACCAGAAGAACUGCUUCCAGAGACGGACUCUGAAGAUACCAAACCUGAGGUUUUCACAGAGCAAGGUGUAGAAGACAAUGUCAACAUUUUGCAACCAGAAAAAGGAAUAGUUGAACUUACAGAACUAAAAGAAGAGCAGAGAGAAAAAGUCAUUGAGGUGUCACUUUCAAUUCCUCAACUAGAGGAAAAUCUUUUGGAGGUCUCAGAAAAAGAGGAAGAGGUGGUGCUUGUUGGCGCCAAAGAUGAAAACAUUUUAGAGAGACCAGGUCAUGAAGUUUUGAAAGAAACAUUACCUGAAGUCCCUGAAGAAAAGGGUCCUGAUGUAACAGAGGAAAGGGUUCCCAUAUUUAUGGAGGACAGAGUUGCUGAAGACACCAAAGAAACCAUUCCCAAGGUCAAUGAGGAAGAGGGAAUUCCCAAACAUAUAGAGGAUAAGGUUCCUGAACACUCAGAAGAAAGUGUUACUAAAGUUAUACAGGACGUGGUCCCUGAAGAUACUGAGGAAACCGUGUUCAAAGUUACAGAACAAAAGGCUCCCAAGGUUACGGAGGAAAACGUCAACAUGGGUGGAAUUGCUGAUAGAGUUUCUGAACCAGAGGAAGCAGUUCCUGAGUUGGAUAGAGAAGAAGUUAGAGAGGAAUCAGGCCAUGUGGUGAAGCUUCAAACAGAAGAUGUCACUGAAAUUCCUAAUGCAGAUUUUGAGGAUGAAAAGGUUGUAGUUGCCUCCCUUGAUGAGAGGCCGGUGGACAUUGCACAGCCAGAAUCUUCUUCACAACCAGAAGAGAAGACUGAAGCCACAGAUGAAUCAAAAAGUCCAGGACUGGAGACAGUUUCAGAACCAGACAAAGACCAAUUGGAUGUUUUACCAGACUUACCUAAAGGUCCAGAACCAGAAGAGGAGGUCAUAGAGCCAGAACCAAAGAGAGAUUCUGCAGAACCAGCUAUUGAGUCAAUCAAAAUCCUCCAGACUUUGGAAAGCAUGGAAGAACUUCACUACAGAGAGGAUAGUGUUCAGGUAGUGGGGGAAGAUCUACUGGACGGUUCUGAUGAACUCAACCCAUCAGUGGAAGAUAAUCUACCCAUCAUACCAGGACUCCUCCAUCCACCUGAGGAGAAAGCACCUAGCCGCACAUACCCAAUCACAGAGGACGUUGACUCCAAGGAGGACGUCGACUCCAAGGAGGACGUUGACUCCAAGGAGGACGUCGACUCCAAGGAGGACGUUGACUCCAAGGAGGACGUUGAUAGAACCAACAUAGAGGUGGAGAGAGAAGCCAGUGCCUUCAGAACACCAGGACCUAUCCAGACUGAUCUACCCACUGAAGCAGCAACAUCUGUCUCAGCUGCAACAGCUGCAAAGCCAGAGGUUCAGUCAGAGGAUACUGGAGUGACUGAUAACUCUUCAUCAAAGACACAAGAAGAAGAAGAAAUGUUUGUAACUCCUAGCCCAGUCUCAGAAGCCCUCCCUGCACCUCCAUUUGCUGUCGACCUGGUUCAAGUACCGACACCUGGCCCGACUGAGGACUCUGGGCCCUUUGAGUUAACAGAGGACAGAACUGAACCAGAACCACCUGUUGUUCCCCAGGUGGAAACGGCAGACCCUGAAAGCCUCACCGCCUCUCCAGGUGGGGAGGAGUUUUCUGAGGAAGUGGACCAGAGCAACACUCCCAGUAAGGAGUCAGUGGACCCUGGCAGUGAUCUGACCUCUGCAGCAGAGGAAGAUGCCACUCCGCUAAGAUACUUGACCACGCCCACCAUGACCACUGCCAGCAACAGGCAGGAGCUGGUGGUGUUCUUCAGCCUGCGCCUCACCAACAUGGACUUCUCUGAAGACCUUUUCAACAACACCUCAGCAGAGUACAGAGCCCUGGAGAACACUCUUCUAGACGUGCUGCUGCCGUACCUGCAGGCCAACCUGACGGGUUUCAGGAACCUGGAGAUCCUGAACUUCAGGAAGGGCAGCGUGGUCGUCAACAGCAAGAUGCGCUUCUCCCGCUCCGUGCCCUACAACGUCACCGAGGCCGUUCGCUGCCUGCUGGAGCGCUUCUGCUCCGCCGCCAGGAGGCUGCAGAUCGACCGCAGCUCGCUGGACGUGGAACCAGCUGAUCGGGCCGAUCCGUGCCGGUUCCUGGCCUGCGGAGCCUCGUCCCGCUGCGUGGUCGACCGCCGGACCCAGGAGGCCCGGUGCCUCUGCGAACCGGGCUUCCUGGCCCAACAGAACCGGUCCUGUCGGAGCGUCUGCGAGCUGCAGCCCGAGUUCUGCCCAGACAGGGAUUGUCACGUGGUUCCAGGCCGAGGAGCCGAAUGCAGACCUAGAGGCGGAUCUCAGCGGUCCGGCCAGACCAGAUAGGAAGACGUGUUGGAUCGGACGGGACCAGAGAACGUGAAUAGACUCGCCAGAGCUUCAGAGGAUCAGCAUCGACCCGACUGAAUCGGGUCAGAACCGACGAGCCCGUCUGAUGUAUUGGGACAUCGGGUCUGCAGCUGGUCAACUUCAACUGAAGGUCCAUCACUGCUGGGUUUAGACCCGGACUUUGACUAGGCCAUUGCAGAACCUCGACUGUCUUGUUUUCAGCCGUUCUGACCCGGUUCUGCUGCGUUUGGGAUCCGAGUUCUGCUGGCGACCCAGAUGAAGACCAGACAGUGUUCUGUCCCGAUACUUGUUGGACCUUCAAAGUUUGAGAACAACUUCCUCUUCCACAUCCCGCUUUCUGGAGAACCGACCUUUAACUCCCUUGGACACGACCCCGGACAGCCAUCACCCCGGAGACGACCCCGGACUCAGCCCAUCACCCUCUAGGAACCCGAUAGUAUUCAGGGUUACAUCCGAAUACUGUUACCCUGUAACAGAGUAUUUAUGCUGAUAAAGAGGUCAAAGGUCAGGCUGCUGAUGCACCAAGGCACUGGACCCAAAGAUCUACAGGAAGCUCAGCGUAAAUAUUACCUGGGAGGUUAAAGGUCACUGUACUAUUUAGUUGGAUCUGAUAAACGCAACAAGGGCUGCGUCCUGUGAUGACCAGAUGGUGGCGCUGCAGUCGCCGUCUAGGGAACAAACUGGACUGAUUCCACCCAGUCAAUGACUUCCUGUUUGAGCUGCUGGUAGAAGCUAGCAGCAACGAUUUGGGUUAUUUAGCCUGUCAGACAAAAUAAACAAAGGUUCACUUUUCACUGUUAUUCAUUAAUUCAUAAAUACCAGAUUCAAGCUAAAUAUUUAGCUCAAAAGACAAAUAGUUGGUCUGAGUUGAGCUAGCAAAAUAUUUAAACUGAAGCUAAAUAUUUAGAUUGAAGCUAGCUGCUAGUAUGCUAAUUCACUCACCGACAGCAGGAAGUGGACUACCAAAAUAAAAGUUGGGUCUCCAGAA